AUGAAAUUCGAUUGAACGUUUCUGCGGCGCAUGCGCAUCGCGCUGAUGCUGUCACCAGAGAUACGACCGCGGAGUAGAAAUUAUACGCGCGCUGUUUCUAACGUGAUGAAGAGAAAAACGAGCGGCGCCCUCUAUGGAGACGUUCAUCUUCGAAGUUAAAGACUUGUUACUGUUGAUAAAGUGCACGCACAUAAUUUACCGAUAAUUUACGGCAAGUAAUUCUACAAGCGAUCGCUAUUGGUCGCUGCAGUCGCUCAUUUUCAUCGCCUCGCACAUCUCAUUAUCUCGUUCAUUAUUUCCGACUUUGAAGAAUGACAGUGUCGCUGUGAAUUUGGCGGUUAAAUUUUUGAAGUUUAUACGUGUGACAGAUAACCUGCGACGACGUCUGACAGAUUAUUAUUGUUUAUGAUGUUAGCCACCGCGGGAAUAACAGCCAUACAUGUUAAAAAAUUAGGCCAUACAAUUGAUGAAAUACGACUGCGAGCUUUGGACAAUAUUAUUUCCAAGUAUGAUCUCGGCUUCGUGUGCGAUUGCGACGCUGUCAAGAAGGAGAUAAUUCAAAGACUGUUUAAUUGGUUUUCAUUCGAGGUUGCUCCAGAGCCAGAGAAAGUACUGAAUUUAUUACUGCGGCUGGCAAAGACAGAUGCAAAGAGUUACUUGAAUGCAUUUGGGAAAUUAAAAUUUCAAAAUGAACUUUACGAAUUGAGAAGAAAGCUCUCUUCUGAAUGGUAUGCAAAAUUGGAUGAAAUUGAGGAAGCUGUUAUUCAUCCAGAAAGAAAUCAAAUAAAUGGAUCAAAUAUAAAUACAAAGGAUUUGGCUAUAAAUGCAGUAUGUCCAGACUUUGAUAGACAUAAAACACAAAUACAAAAUCAUACUAGAUAUAAAAGUAAAGAUUAUGAAAAAGAAAAUCAUGACAGUUUACAUGAUAUUUUUACUCUGCCAUCUUUCUUGGAUAGUACAAUACCACUUGAUGUAACAUCGGAACACGAGAAUGGUACUCAAAUUUCUGAAACGAUAGAAGGUGGUAUAAAAUGGCUAAUAAUGCCAUGGCAACCAUUAGUUACAUCAGAUAAAGGAGUACUUACUGCGGUUGAGGAAGCUCUUAAUAAUACUAUUGAUAUUAAUCAUAUAUUACAUACAUGUCAAUUUAUAACAAAUGUUAUGAUGCAAGAUUUCCCAGCAGAAGUUUUUCUCCAGCGACCAGCAAUAGUUAUGAUACUUCAUGGACUUCUUAAAUCAAGUACUAGCAUGUCAGAAACUAAUGUUGCAUCUGUGGUUCCAACUGUAUUAAGAACUUUGCGUAAAUUAACACGUUCCUUAAAAUUUCGUAUUUACUAUUAUUGUGAACCAUGCGUGGCAAAUAAAAAGCAAAAGUUACUAGCUAGUAAAUUGGAUAGCAAUGUUUACACAUCUUCGGAAGCUGGAGAUGGUCCAGAUGGUGGUUUUCCAGAAGCAAAUUAUCAAGCAUAUCAAUCAACGGGAACUAGCGAUAGAAGUCAGAGCAUCAGUGAGAAUGUCGAUGAUUCUGUCUUGCAAUUACAACAGAUGCUUCUACCAGUUUAUUGUAUAGAGUCUCUAAAACAUGUUCUUAAUCAAUUAAGUUUACCCAUCGAUUCUACUUUUCCUCUACGAAAUAUCAAGUACAUUACAGAUCUAUCUCAUGAAUUAGUACAAUUACUUAUAAUUAGUGUAAUGCCGAAUAUCUGGCUCUGCAAUGAUGAUACAGCAUUAAAAAUAAGCGACGAUUUGAAAGCGCUAUUUAAUUUAAUGGGGGAGGUGAUGGAAUACUUUGAAAACUGCAGCAAUGUGGAUUAUUUAAGAAUAACCUAUUUGCAUCUUACUACUAUUACCAUGAAGUUAUUAAGCAGUAUUGUACCAUUGGAACUGGCAGACACUGUUAUACCAAAUAGUUUAAAAACAUCCAUAGCAAGUACUAUAAUGGAUGCACCAAUAUAUCUAUUGUAUCCAGCAUUGCAUUCCAUGCUCUUGGAAUAUACUCGACAAUUUCAAGGCGUUAAUCAGAUAGAAUUAGUAAAACUAUUUGAUGAAACUAAAACUGUUACAAAGUCUAUGCAAGCAGCUAUCUCUGUAUUAAAAGGUUCAUUAGAACAAUCACCUUCAGAAACUUUAAGAAUGUUAUACACGUCUAAAUUAAGCUUGUUAUAUCAUAAAAAUUUAACUAUUGUAAAGAUUGCUGUAAAGUUUUUACAAGAUAUUUCAAAAUAUUCUCUAAGUGAUGAAGAUUAUGCACUAGCAACAAAACUGACAUUAAAUUUAUUAGCGAACGGAGAUAUAAAUGUUCAACAUGCCACAUAUGUCGAGUGUUAUAUUCUGGUUAAAAGUAUUUUAGGAGUAGAAUAUAACAAAGAUAAGCUAUCCUGGAAAAAUUUGAUGUUUUUAUUUGAAUCAAAUAUUUUGACGGAGAUUAUCUCUCAUGGUGCUAUAAGCGAGAACAAAAAGAUAAAUGAAAUAUCAAGAGAUAUGAUAGUGUUUAUGCUGAAAGGGAGAAUACAAAUGGGUGAAACUGGAUGGUUGAAAACCUUAGAAGCUUUUGUUCCUGUGCUCUAUCUUUUACAGUGUCAUGCUGAUACCAAUACAAUUUUAGGUCAGUGUGUAACCAAGAUAUUUGAUCCCGAUGUUUCCAACAGUAUACAGUUGCCAUUUAUCGAGGUAUUAAAGGGCAAUUUAAGAUUUCUCUAUUCACCAAACAGUGAUAUACGGGAAGAAGCGUUAUGUCGCUUAAUCUGGCUUCUUGGGAAGGAAAAGGAUUCUGUCCAAAAAUUACCACGUCUGUCAUCUUUACAUGGCUUGCCUCUCAGUUCACUCUGCAUAUUUGAACGUAAAAUCUCCGUUAAGCGAUCAGAAGGCAAUUAUCAGAGGAGCAAUUUAUUGUCAGUAUUGGAAAUGUUGAACGAACCAAAUGUGGAUCCUAAAAUACGGAAAUCAGCAUUAGUUCAAAUUAGCGUGAUGCUUUCUGAUACUUCUCUGCACAAAUUGUUUAUUAAUCAAGGUGGACUGCCUUUGAUUUUGGACAUUUUCAGUAAAGCUUUGAUAGAAAAAGAUUAUAUAAAUUAUCCAGAUUCUGUGAUACCGAUAAUCAGUAUAUUAAAACUGCUCGUAUUUUUUGAAUGUUCUGUACGACAUGAGUUAUCUAUCAGCACCACUGUUCUCUUUAACAUCAUAAGAAGUCUUUUUUUAUUUCCAAACAAUGAAUGUAUAAAAACUGAUGGUGCGCAAUUGCUAUGUUUACUUCUCUAUAGUGAACACAUCAUAAGAGUUAGUGAAAAAGCUACAUUAGGGGAAAACAGCAUCGCGUCACAUAUUUCAUUACCUUAUAUUGUUGUGACAAAGAUGAAAUUGCCGUUUGCGUGCAAAUCCCAUUGGAAAACGAGUCUACAUAGACGAUCUGAUGUGACAUUACUUCAUGGUAGUAAUCCAGUAGCCUUAACUUUUAUUAGACAGUAUUGGGCAUGGGAAUGGAAUGAUGGUAUAAACAUGUUAUGGAAAAGCUUAGAUGAUAUACAGAAUUCUGAAGUUGCACAGAAAUUGAUUAUUCUUGAAAAGGAUUUUCUUUCUUUGCAGUAUAGCUUUUCUCAAUAUUGUUGUCAACAACAACUUUAUAAUAUUCAAAAUUCUACUGCGCACUAUAGUGUUACAUGUGCAUUAGAUUAUCUUACAAUGUAUCUAAAAUUUUACAAGAUACUUCAACGUAAUAACGAAAAAGAGAUAGAUUCACUACCUUGGGAACAAACAUUUGAACGAUUUCUAUUAUCACAUCCCUCUAGUAAAGAAGACUGCGACUUAUUUGUAGAUGUUUUAAUCUUUUUGCAAUUAUAUCUAAAUGUGGCAAAAAAAGGGAAAGGAUCAUGGAUCAGUAAGAUUAUGAAAAAUAUGACAAGAUCAUUAGCAGAUUUAUUUAAGAACUUGGAAGUCGAUAAUCAAAAUGUACAUCAAUCUAUAUUGAAAUUAGUGCGUACAUGUUCCGCGAUCGAAAAGAUGCAAAAGUCCAAUGGCGAGCCUAAGAAUACUUGGAUUAAAUUUGUAGAAUUUGUUGUUUUGACACUAUGUUUUGGGGAUCAGCAACAUUUCUACAAUCUCGCAUAUCUCGAUUGGCUGCUAACAUGUUUGACAUAUUUAAUUGGACAGUGCGAAUGGGGAAAUCACAAGAACUUACUAUUGUCUCUUUGCAACACUCUCAUUGAACCAAUCGUGUCCUUUCAUGGCGCUGGUACAGUUAGCUUCAUGGGUUUAUCAAUAACAAGAAACUCAAUAAUAUGUCUUAAUCAUUUAUUACAUCAAAUGCAAGUAAAUUUUAAUAAAAAUUCAUGGGUAGGAUUUUGGCACGAAGAGGGUCGCUCAUUAAAUGUGUUACCUAUGUUAUGGCAAAAUCGAGAUCCCUUGGUUCGCGCUUCGGCUUUGCAAUUAUUGGCAGGUCUGAUGAACACAGUACAUACUGUGUCACAACUCCUUAACGCAAUCGCUAUGGCGCCGAGUGAUCUAUGUCAUACGUUGCUUCAAUGCAUCGCGAACCGAGAGGAAUCUUGUUUAGUUAGAGAACAAGCAUGUAUCGCAUUUUGCAAUAUGCUGAAGAAUUCGAUGACUUAUCAAUGUGAUGAUUCUUUACAAUCGCAAGCCGUUCUAAUAUAUGUCGAACAAUGCAAUAUCUAUCAUGAAAUCGGUGUAUUAUGUUCCAACAUUUAUAUGUUGACUACUCUAGACGCAGAACAAUUAGAAUAUCGAAGAAAUAACGGCAAACCAACUUUCAUACAGAGUGGGCAAUCUGGUUGCUUUUCACUGGUACCGCGCAUCGUAUCGUAUCUAUACAACUGUCAGGAUGAAUUACAAGCAUUCUCUGGUAGAGAUUCGGAAAUAACUGACGUGGAUAGUUCCAUGCAAUCAAUCGCGACGCCUUCACUCAUCACUGCUGCUUGUAAUUUAUUAAACAAUUUAAUAUUCAUCGGAUUACACGAAGUAGUUCGGCAAAUCUAUGAACAUUCCAUUGAUAAAUAUUUAUUUGGAUGUUUGAACGAAAUUCCGAAAGAUAAUGGAAACAGAAAGAAUUUAAGUCAUUAUUCUGAUGUGCUGGAAAUGUAUAUUAGCAUUUGUACAGUUCUAAUAAAUUGCAUAACGCACAGCAAUGAAUACUCAGCUGUCGUUCUUUUUUCCUCGGACUCACUGUACACUUUAUUUCGCUUUUUAAAUAUAGAUUUGUAUCAAUCUGCCGAACCGCAUCUGAUAUAUCUGCGCAACAGAUUGUGGACAGAAAUUUAUAACUUUGUAGCUAUGCUUUCGUUAACGGAAGACCAGCAUUUCGAAGCCAUUCAAAGUGCGCUAGAAUUAUGCGGACCAGAAAUUGUGAUGGCUUCCACCUAUUUUGCAAUAAAGGACUCGGCGACAGAUUUGAGAAUGAAUGCCAUAGGUUGCUUAGCCUUUCUACUGUCGCAAGAGAUUCAGAAAGAUUCGCUAGAGAAAAACGACGUUUCUUUAUUACGGACGACACUCGAUACGAUACUUGAUACACGUGUCGCGAAUGAAAGCAAGGAUGAUAAUUUGCGAGAUGUCAUAUCAAGUGUGAACAAGUUGUCAAUAAGAGACGCGAACGUGCAUUCCAAAAAAACGAACGAAAGUGAGAAAAAUUCGUAUUCGAUAGAUAAAUCAUUGAAUCAAGAACAGAUUACAAUAGGAGGCGAAUUAUGCGGGCUCUUGCUACAUCUUUUUAUUGCUCAUAAUUAUGCGAAAUCCAAAAAAAAUUGCAAACAAUCAGAAGAUAAGGAUCUCAUUGUAGGAGCUCUGACUAACUUAUUGUAUGUGUCAAAGGAAGCAAAACGAGUUGCACUACAGAAUGAUCUUCCUGAAACAGCAUUGAUGAUUCUUAAAGAACUAUACGUUAAAUUGAAUCUCCAACCAUUUGAACUUUAUAAGAAACAAGUAGAGAAGAAGACUCAUCCUCUGUUACAUGAUAUAAACUGUAUCUUCAUACUUUUGAUGAACUUCAUGUAUGGAGAUGCAAACAUUAAGGAGACUCUAACAAAAAAAGGUUUAGCAGAUGUAGUACAUAAACUGUGGGCCUGGAUAGCAUUAAAUAAAACAGUAUCAACUUCUGCUUUGAAAUUGUUGGCGACGUUUACAACAAAAUGUAAUGUUGCCGCGCAAUCUUUAACAUUAACAACAAUAUUGCCGGGAACUGGAUUAAGAAAAACGCCAAAUACGCUCGCCUUAAUACAUGUUAUCAUACAAAUGGCAAGCAAAGAAAUCGAAAGAGCUGGUCAAAUUUUUGAUAAUCAUAAAAUGCACUUUGCUUUCCAUAUUUUACGAAAUGCGGUGCAUGUUCACGAAUGUAGAGUUUGUAUUUCGAAGAGUAAUCUUCUUCAAUUUUUUACUAAAAUACAUCCUAUUAUUACUAAAAGGAUAAAACCAUGGCCAUUAGUGGAGAUGUAUUGUCUAGAAUUUUUAAUAGAUUUUACUUAUUAUGAAGAAGGACAAUUAUGUGUGCCAAAGGCUAUUGAUGCUUUAGAUGUUUUAAUACAUUUAGCAAAGUGUUCAUCAUCAUCAAGCAAAGUUCUCGCAAUAUCGAUUCUACGCAAUUUAGCAUUCAACAUAACGAAUAGACCUCGACUCCUUAGUUCAGUGGACUUUAUCAAUUUGUUACACGACAUUUUUAAGAAUGGAUCGCUGUAUGAAAUCAACCUUGCUGGUUCCACGUUAUGGUCCUUGAUUAGCAAUAAUCAAAAAGGAAAACUCAUCGCACGAAGCGCAGGAUUUUCUCAGAGUAUUCGAGAAGCUCUUGGUAGAUUUACAUUGUCGAGUAUCGAUGCCAGUAAACAAGAGCAAGAAUUAGUGAAGGUUUUGCAGUAUGUGCUCACCAUUCUCAGCCCAGUCGAAGUAAAGAAUGGUAGUACAUAAAAUUUAAUCGAAAUUUUUCCAAACAAUCGAAUGUUGUACAUAAUUACUUAUGAUUUAUAUUGAAUUAUAAAAUAAUCCAAUGAUGUAGUAUUUUUUAUGAAGCAUUGUAUAGUUUUUAUUGGAGAUUCAUUUUGGAGAAAUGCAGUAAUCUAUAAAGUGUGAAAAUAGGUAAUUAAACAACAUACGUUUCUUAUCGAUGAUUUCUUUUGUAAUAA